AUGUCGCUUGUCCGUGCUUUCACCACCAGACGGGCUGCCCGCAAGAACUCUGAUCUGGAUCGUUCUGCCAGCCAGCGCGUCCAGCGUCCCAAGAUUUCCGGUCCUAUCGAGUUGAUCUCGACGACAAACACUCUGGCAUACGAGGCCCCUGACAUCUUCGGAACCAAUCCCAUCGCCCACAAGGCAGGAAUCCUUACAACCUCGUCCAGCUCCAACAGUCUGAGCUCGAUUGAAUACAGCGACUCCAGCAGUAUCGGCCACCGUUCUGGAGGCACAUUCACAGACGCUUCUUCCUUCGACGAGUCGCCCUUGUCUCCGGAGCCUAACCACCUCAGCUGCUACUUCAAGCCUUCCAUCUACGACGAGCCUUCGCAGCACAGCCGUGACACCUCUGUCAACUCUUUCAGCCGCUCUGAAGUUGCCCCUGUCCUCCCUCAGCGCGCCCCUUCGCACAGCAAGCACGCCCACCAGUUGAGCCACAAGCGUUCAAUCUCUCGUGAAUUGAGCCACAAGCGUUCAAUCUCGCGCAACCCUCCUUCUUUCCCCGAGGACGUUAUCACCACCAGAGACUCGACCGACUUCUUCCGUGCUUCUGGCCCAGUGUCGCCGCACCCCUUCGGCAAGGAGCUCGAACAGCUCAGCGAGGUCGCCGAGGAGUUUGGCACCACCGUUCGCGAUGUUGAGGCUGAUGCAGACCGUGUUUUCAUGGACGCCCAUGGCUUGGACCAUUUCACUGCAGACGACUACAUGAUGGAGAUUGCAGACAUGCUCAACGUCAUUUUUGAAGAAGAACCGACGCCGUACGAGGAGGCUGGAUGGAUCUGA